UCUCGUGUGUGAGGACCGAUGGAAGGUGCCCCUGGAGCAGAUGAGUUACCUUCUGGGCUGGUUGUUGGGUUGUGUGACCCUAGGCUCAGCCUCUGACCGGUUUGGCCGCCGAGCCAUCUUUGUGACCUCCCUGGCUCUGGCCACAGUGCUGGGGAGUGGGGUGGCCCUGGCGAUCAGUUACCUGAUGCUGCUGUCCCUGAGGCUGCUCUAUGGGGUCGCCCUGGCUGGUGCCUUCAUCUCCCUCUACGUGGCCCGGCUGGAGCUUUGUGACCCUGACCACCGCCUCCCCUUCUCCAUGGUGGCUGGCCUCUUCUUCGUGGCUGGGACGAUCCUGCUGCCAGGGCUGGCGGCCAUAUGUAGAGACUGGAGGCUCCUCCAGGGGCUGGUGACCCUCAUCCUGGGCCUGAUGCUGUUCUUCUUGGGAUUUCCUUCCCUGUUCCCAGAGUCCCCCAGAUGGCUGGUAGCUACUUGGCAGCUGGACAGAGCCAAGGAGAUCCUGUGGCACUUGGCAGGGGCCCACCUCAACCCCAAGGACUCUACCUUAGAGGAGUUAGACGGGCCAUCUGAGGGGAAGGCUUUGUCCCGAUACCACUCCAUCUUUGAGGUCUUCAGCACUCAGCUCAUCUGGAGAAACAUCCUCAUUCUGGCCUUCACCACGUUGCUCGGGAAUGGCAUCCGGUACAGCUUCACGCAGAACCUGGCGCCCUAUCUGCCCCACUUCUACCUGCCCUGUUUCCUGCUGGCUGGGCUAGAGGCAGCCGCCAGUCUCCUGCUGAUCCCAAUGGCCCAGUGCUGUGGCCGCCGGGCCAGUCUGCUCCUGUGGACCAUACUCACCAGCUUGGCCUCCCUACUCCUUCUCUCCCUUGGCCAGUACCUGCCAAUCUGGACAGUGGUGUUUCUCUCCGGACUGGGGCUCCUGGCCUCCCAGGCUAUGUCUGUACUUAGCAUCUUCUUUACCAGCGAGAUCCUCCCCACCGUGAUUAGAGGAGCCGGGCUGGGCCUCAUCACGGCAGCUGGUUUCCUGGGCCAAGUGGCCACUCCCAUCAUGAGCAUCUCCAACAACCGCGGCUUCUUCCUCCACCAUGUGGUGUUUGCCUCUUUUGCCGUCCUGUCCAUGCUCUGCAUCCUGUUACUGCCUGAGAGCCGGGGCCGGGGCCUCCCGGAGUCCCUGGAGGAGGCUGAGGGCCAAUGUGCCUCCCCACUUUCCCUGCCCCACUGGCGUCACCCCCAGGAUCACCACCUGCCAUUGCUCCUGCCCUCCCAUAAGCAGACCUGCUAUGGAUGUCAGCAGUACUCCGGCCCAGCGGUCCCCUCCCGGAGGACUGUAGGCCAAUGGCAUCCGCCAGCCAGGGAUCUCCUAGCAGGCCUAGACUCGAAGGCCCCACAGGAGCAGAGGCAUGCCUGACCUAGAGGAAUCC